CUUUUAUUAUUGGUUGACCAAAAAAUCUUUAUUUGCAAACAAUUUGGGAGUAUAUAAAACACGAGCAGAACAUUAGUUGAUCACAUAUCAAUACUUCGAUCCAUCUUGGUUCUGAAUAAGUAGCUAGGUACGGGCUAAAAUAAGUAAAAUGGGGAUAUAUAGAAGGAGAAGUUGGUAGUGUCGUUUUGAGCGGGGGAAUUGAAUAAGUUUAUAUAUGAUGCAGGUGGUGGUGGCGAUUAAUACAGCGGCGGCGGUGGCAUUGGGUUUAGGUUAUGUUGGGAGGAAGUUUAUAUGGAAGAAGCUGGCGCGGGAAAAGGGAGAAAGGUAUAAUAUAAUGUGAACCGGACAAACUGGCCGGUGGUCGGAAUGCUGCCGGGGAUAUUACAAAAUGCGGGCCGCAUCCACGACAACGUGGCGGAGAUUCUAAAACACAACGGCGGCACAUUUGAGGUGAAAGGGCCUUGGGGCUUUACUAACCUCAACUUGUUCCUCACCUGUGACCCAGCAAACAUCAACCACAUCCUCUGCCGGAACUUCAAGAACUACCCAAAGGGCCCCCAUUUCCAGAGAAUCUUCGACGUUCUCGGGGAGACUAAACAUUUGGAGACUAAACAUGCUAGAAGAAAUAUAAAGAAAUGCUAUUCUAAACUGAGCUUAAGAGUUAAGAGUAUAAAGGAAUUGGUAUCCAAUUGUGAAGGGAAGGAGGUGUAUUUAUAGACUUUUUGGGAGUGUAGUUCGG